CUUCAACAUUAUUACUACAGAAUCACGUGCACAGAAUAGAUGAUCUAUUACGUAUUUCCGUGUUAUAACGACGAAAUUUUAAGUCAAAGUAGCCGAACACGCUAUGCAUUUUGUGUGAUCUUACAUUGAACAGCGAAAAAUGAAAAUAAUAAUUCAACUAUAGUUUUAUAAUUUAUAAUAUCGUUAACUAUUAUUACUUUUUAGUACGGAAAUGCCAACGGAUUACCCGGGCAACCAGGAUCACCUAGCUUUAGCUAUAUCGUGUAAAGAGCGUUCACAAUAAUUCCGAACCCGGCAGAUCAAGUUACUCGUAGAGUAUAACAUCAUAAUAUUAAAUAUUGAAAGAUAAAUAUAUAGGUAUGUAUAUUAGAUUAAUGUAUUAAACUCGUGCCAAGUUGUGUGAUUGUGCGUUUGAUAUUGGGGUUGGUACUUACCAGUUUACAGUUACCAACAAUUCACCGGAGUUGAGGGUUUUACCACGGCUGGUUUAUUUAGCCAUGGGUUCUACGAAUUCACAGUAUUAUAAUUAAAUUAAAAUUGUAUAAUUAUUAGUAUUACCUUGACACCGCCAUAUGUCCAUCGGUUUUAACUUUUUAAGUCUUUGUCGUCCGCGAUAACGUAUAUUUACACUCGCCGAGACUCGACUUGGAACAGUUGGAACGCAUACCGAGAUGAUGGACUCUUCAAUUAGUGGCGGUCCGAGUUCUAGCAACCGUCAUAAUCCAUACGGCCGAAGCUUGGGACUUCAACCGACGACCGCAUUGACAUUGUCCACUCCCAGUACUGUUCACAAUCAUAGCAACAAGCCCAAUGAUGAAUCCAAAGAAGUUAUCGACGAGGGCAAGAAGCUUUUGGUUGGAAGUGUUAAACAAGUGGCGCGUUGGUGCAGAUUGUUAUCGUUUUUGGAACCGACCAAAAUUAUUUACCAAGUAUUUGGAGUUAUGGAUUUGGUAAAAACUGGCAGCAAUAAAUGUGAAAAAAUAUUUUGUUUGCGCAGCGAACAGAAAAAAUCUGGAAUAGUAUGUGUAUUUUAUGAAAUAGAUAGAAAAAUGCCUAAUAUAUCUAAAGGAACAUUAGUAUUGUGUACUGGUCAUGUAAAAGGAAAAAAUAAAUUGCAAGUAUUCACUAUUCGAGAAAUACAUGAAGACAAAACUUCAUUCGACAGAAUAUCUUUAGUCAGCCAUUGGACAAUUAAUGAUAUUUUAAUAUAUAAGGUCUAAGUAUUAUUAUAAGCAGUUAAAAUUGUAAAUUAUUUUUUAUUUUUUGAUUCUAUAGAAAAAUAAUUUGAUUUAUUUAAAAUUAAUAAUUUUCUUGGUAAGUAUAUAUUAGUAUAAUGUAUAAACAAAUAAUAAGA